GAUAAAUAUAGCAUUCAUGCUUUGUUGUCUUAAUCCGACCGCAGGGCGAAGAAAAUAACCUUUUAAAUAGGUCACUGUGCGUGUGCGUGCGCGCGCGUCCAGUGUAAGUUUGGAUGACCGAGUACAUUUGAGGCUGGUCGCUCUUAAAGGGCCAGCGUGGACAAAUCGUCCAGUCCGAGGCUGAAUUUCUCCCAUGGAGAUGAAGUUCAUUGUGGGUAAAACCACAUCAAACAAGAUGCUGCGUGCUGUGUGCGCGAGUGUGUGUUGAUCUGCCAAGCAGCACAAAGACGAGUGACGCGCGUGUGCGUGGCAUCUUAUAUAAGAGGAGGACAUCAAGGGUCCUGAUGUGCACGCUUUCUUUUCUUUUCUUUUCUUUUGUCCUCCUCUCUCUCAACAUUCGCCCCGAAAUGAACGAAUGAUUACAGUGACAUGAAGGUUUGCUGAUUUUACAUUUAAAAAAAAAAAAAAAAAAAGACAACCGGGAGUCUAAAGAGCGAAAAGAGCAAAAGAGUCAGUCACGCGCAGACUGGGGCUGGGGGCAGGUCGGCGGCGGGGGGUUGCGCGCGCGAGGGGGCGGAGAGACGCCGCUCCUCCGCCGUCCUCGCAUUCUCACUCCGCUCCUGCCACGGCUUCAUCUUCAUCUCCUCCAGCACGUCCUCUUCCUCGCCUGGGAUCUUCCGGGAUGCCGGCGGCCUCCGUCAACAAGUGCGCGUGAGCGGCGCGGCGCGGCGCGGCGCUCGAGUGUGAUGGAGGUGGCUCUGGUGAGCCUGCAGGAGAACGGAGGCGCCAACAAUGGAGAGCAGCAGCAGCAGCAGCAGCAGCUCCGCUCGGCGCUCAUGGACGACCUGGGCAAGGAAAUAAACGCUCCUCCUCCUCACCACCACCACCAUCAUCAUCAUCAUCAUCAUCAACCUCAUCCUCAUCCUCAGCCUCAGCCUCAGCCUCAGCCUCAGCCUCUUCCCCCGCCGCCUCCCGCGUGGAGGAUCAACGACAUGAACAGCGCGCUGAGCUGCAGCGAGAACGCCAUGGACGCGCUGCUGCGCGCCGACCACAGCCCGCACGUGUUCGACGACGAGCUGCCGGACCCGGACUCGGACUCGGACAGCAACGAGCGCGUGCUCAUCAACAUCGCCGGCCUCCGCUACGAGACGCAGCUGGGCACCCUCAACCAGUUCCCGGACACGCUGCUCGGGGACCCCGCCAAGAGGAUCAAGUACUUCGACCCGCUGCGCAACGAGUACUUCUUCGACCGCAACCGGCCCAGCUUCGACGGCAUCCUCUACUUCUACCAGUCGGGCGGCAAGAUCCGCAGACCCGUCAACGUGUCCAUCGACGUGUUCGCCGACGAGAUCCGCUUCUACCAGCUGGGCGAGGAGGCCAUGGAGCGCUUCCGCGAGGACGAGGGCUUCAUCAAGGAGGAAGAGAAGCCGCUGCCGCGCAACGAGUUCCAGAAGCAGGUGUGGCUGAUCUUCGAGUACCCGGAGAGCUCCAGCCCGGCGCGCGGCAUCGCCAUCGUGUCGGUGCUGGUCAUCACCAUCUCCAUCAUCACCUUCUGCCUGGAGACGCUGCCAGAGUUCCGCGACGAGCGCGAGCUGCGGGCGGCCGGACGGCCCGGCAACGGCACGGCGGCGCGGCCCCCGCUCGCCUUCGCCGACCCCUUCUUCAUCGUGGAGACCACCUGCGUCAUCUGGUUCACCUUCGAGCUCUUCGUGCGCUUCUUCGCCUGCCCCAGCAAGUCCGAGUUCUCCAAGACGGUGAUGAACAUCAUCGACAUCAUGUCCAUCAUGCCCUACUUCAUCACGCUGGGCACCGAGCUGGCCGAGCAGGGCCAGGAGCACCCGAACGGCCAGCAGGCCAUGUCGCUGGCCAUCCUGCGCGUCAUCCGCCUGGUGCGCGUCUUCCGCAUCUUCAAGCUGUCGCGCCACUCCAAGGGUCUGCAGAUCCUGGGCCAGACGCUGAAGGCCAGCAUGCGCGAGCUGGGCCUGCUCAUCUUCUUCCUCUUCAUCGGCGUCAUCCUCUUCUCCAGCGCCGUCUACUUCGCCGAGGCCGACGAGCCCGAGUCGCACUUCUCCAGCAUCCCCGACGCGUUCUGGUGGGCCGUGGUCACCAUGACCACGGUGGGCUACGGCGACAUGCGCCCCGUGACGGUGGGCGGCAAGAUCGUGGGCUCGCUGUGCGCCAUCGCCGGCGUGCUCACCAUCGCGCUGCCCGUGCCCGUCAUCGUGUCCAACUUCAACUACUUCUACCACCGCGAGACCGACCAGGACCAGUCGUCGCUCAAGGACGAGCCGGCGCCGCCUGAAGGCAAGGCGGGCGCGCCGGGCCCCGAGGAGAAGGAGGAGUCGUCGGGGGCGCCGGACAAGAGCGACGUCAAGGCCAACAGCGGCCUGGACCUGAAAACUUCUCUGUACGCCUUCUGCCUCAACACGCGGGAAACCGACUUGUAGGGGGGCGGGACUUGCGACCUUUUCCAAAGACUUUGACUUUGAACCCUUUCCCGCCUCGUGCACGGCGCGCGCUUUGGUUUGGAUACGUGAUGCGCUCGACGUGACUCCAAGCAGACCGGAUGACCUCUGAACCCUCACCUGCUGCCCGCCCCGCCCCCUCUGGACCUGUGUGCCUUCGAGCCAAUCAGCAGCCGGCCGGCCGGCCACGAGGAGGAGCCUCGUCGUCGCUGCCGAAAAACAACAAUCAUAUCGACUCGCUUAUUUUUCUAAAAAGCCAUACGACGUCGUCGGAGGGCAGCGCGAAGCGUUUCGGCCCACCUGAUGCAUUCAAGGACCCCUGGGAUUUUUGGACUCGUACUAUGCCGUGUGGCCUCCUCCCUCACACUUCCUGUUCCCGCACGUCAAGCAACGUCGACACCCUGAACAGACUUUUCACAAUAAAAGGGGCUGCUGAAAGAAAGGAAAAAAAAAAAAAAAAAGCAGCUGUGGUUAAACAUGGAGUCUAUUUUCGAAAUAAAAGCAUCACUCAAACAAGGAAUAUAUUUUCACAAUCAAAACAUUGCUGAAAAAAGGAAAACAGCUGUGAGAAAAGACCAAAGUGCUGCUGAUGAAGGAAGCGGCAGUCAUCAUCAGGAGCAUUGAGAAAACAAACAUUUCAGAUCAAAGUGCUCGGCUUUUUAGAAAGGCGUACACGAGUGGUCAAACAGAGUAUAUUUUCACAAUAAGAGAGACCGGAUCAAAGAUGGACUGACUUUCCACGAUGAAAGGCCAACUGAGGGAAGGACGCAGCCGUCAUCAAACUUGGAUUUUAUUUUCCAAAAGGAAGGAAGGAGUCAACUAUUACUCAAGAAGGGAGUACAAAAACGGAGUAUAUUUUCACAAUAAAAGUGAGGCUGAAAGAAGCAACAGCAGCAGGACACAAAGAGAAAGCUUGAGUAUAUUUUCAAACUAUUUUCAACUUUUGCUGAAUGACGUGGUCAAAGAUGCUUUGUUUUGAUUGACACUUUGACACCUUCCUUCGAGCAACGAGCAACGAGCCACAAAAUGUGGGACGCUCCUAUUGAUAUUUAUAUUCCUGUUCAUAUUUGUCUUUGGACUGGUCUGCAUGUUCUCCCUGGUCCCUGGUGUGAGACGCAACACGCAUGUUUGGACGCCCCGCCCCUUUAAUCGCUGCCAAAUGGGUGUGAAAAAAGCCAAAACUUUAUUUUGUGCGUGCGUGUCGUGUUUGUUCAAAUGUUGAUUCUUGAUCGAAUAAAAUCACUGCCAACGCUG